AUGUUUUUGUUCUUAUCUGAAUCCGAUCUUGAACAAAAAUUUCGUGUAACAGAUUCGAAUGGUUUGGAUCCUUCUGAUCGCUACGAUGUUGUUAUUAGUUUCAAAUCGGCAGAGGAUUUACCAAAGAUGGAUAUCCUCGGACGUGGUGAUCCAUAUUUUGUAGCAACCAUUAAUGAUCAAAUUUCAUUCACGUCAAUGAUUGUGCCCAAUACAUCAUCACCCAAAUGGAACAACGAAGAAUGGAUCGUUCGAAAUAUUCCCAUGAACGCAAAACUUUCAGUUACUAUUUACGAUAAAGAUGAUGAAAAAGUAAUCGAUGAUUAUGUAGGUAAAUUCGAAAUUGAGAACAUUGUGAAUUAUCAAGCAUCUGAAGAUGGACAUAGGAUUAUCGGUCCAUCGAAUCAAUAUCGUGGUCGCUUUUAUUUAUCCAUUGAUGCAAGCAAAUCAUCCCCAGAAAGUCAACAACUACCAUCUUAUACAUAUGAUGGUCCUUGCCGAUUUUUUCGACAUGAUGAUUUUGUUGUCGGUCGUUUCACCAUGCUUAAUCACGAUUGUGUCUAUUCAACAUGGAAAAUACAAAUGCGACGAAUUUCUUUCUUUUUUCGUUAUCAUGAACUCCAACAUUGGAAUCUAGAUUCAAGAAAUGCUCAGAUCCUAUUUGGCGAUUGUGCUCUCUCGUUAAUCGCACAAAAUUCUCUUAAGCUGGCGCAUAGAACACUCUAUAGACGAACUUUGACGAACACGGAAAACGGGCAAUUGAAUAGUAGUGAUGAUUUGUGGAGAUUGGUGUUCACAAAUAAAACAACACAACGGAUUAAACCGUGCGUUUAUACUUAUAUUAUUGACGACUAUACGUGGCGAUUUAGUGAGACUGGAAAUAAGUUUUUUGCUGACUAUGCAAGUAAGCAUGCUUUGCUGGCCAAUGCUUCCGAAUAUGUACGUUAUGCGGGUGAAUUUCAUCCACGCCCAAAAUUUGGUUGGAAUCGAUGUGAUGAUGAAUGGGAGCUCGUAUUCAACAAUGCAUCAGGUACAUAUGCACCAAGUGUUGAUUUGUUCACAAAUUUAAAACAACUCCUAUGGUUCAACUUUCCUGGCUUAAAUGUUGUCACAUACGAUUUUAGAGAUCCAUUACUCAAAGAAAGCAUCGAACAAUUGAAAUUGUCUACUGAAAAAUGA